AUGGAGGACUCCACUCAGGAUGAUGGCCUUAUGGUUUCUUAUCUUGAAUUAGGGUUAGAACUUGAAAAAGCUUAUAUUAACGACAGCGACGACAAUUUUACCUCUUCAACCCACUCUCUCUCGUCGUCGCCUCGUCCUUCUAACCAUCUUCCUCCCCUCGACAUUUUCGCCUCCUUCCCACUGUCUCCCACCAUAACAAAACUCGCCAGAUCUCCAUCUCCUAUCAUGCCACCCAAAAGCACGCCAGCCCCACAGAUCGUCUAUAGACUUGGCCAUUUUGCGGGCGAUGGUUGUAUCCAGCGCGCUCACCCCACUAUUUUCCACUACAACGAUCCAAUCCUCGGACACGUUCGUGAGCCCGCCGUAGCCGUCAAUUUUUACCUUAAGCAUGAUCAAGAUUUCCGCGAGAAACAGCACUCGCUCGAGUACGCCCCCGGGCCCAGUUAUCAAUUUUUCGCUGCGCUUUUCAACAAUUGUGUUGACAAUUUCAAGCUUGCGGAUUGGGACUACAGUUACAAAAGGAACGAGAGCGACCCUAACGAUAGAUCCCCCAUUCUUCACCUCGACAAACCCUCACCUCCGCCGGAACUUUUCGGCGUUGAGUUGCGUCAAUGCGUCGAGGGCGAGAUUCUCUUGCCCGGGCAUAUCUCUGUCCCUCGUACCGAGUACGAACAGCUCUCUCGUCUUGCCAGUCAAGACGCUCUUCGUGUCAACAAGUUUAGAAACAGGGCAUUCAGAGAUCGUGCCGAAAGGAAGGCUUACAAGGAGGCCACCCAAUUUGGCGCGGGAGGUUUCGGUUAUGUUGAUCCCAUCGCUAAAGCCAAGAUUGAGAAAGCUAAAGGUCGAGAAGAGCUUCUCAAUGGCGCCGGUCAAGCCUCCAUCAGCAACUUACCCAAUUUAGUGGUGAGCUUUCUCGGCUUUUAA